AUGAUAUGGGUUCUUUUUCUCUUUUUCGGUUUUCCAACUUUUGUUAGGAUUCCAUCUACGCUUCUCUGUUUCUCUCUCUAGAAACUUUAUCUCUCUGCACAGACGGGGCGACGCGGUGGUCGCUGCAUCUCGCCGGAAAAGUGGUUCGCCGGCGAACAGUGCGCUCGGAGAAUUGGUUCGGUAUUAUUCUGUGCGUAGUGAGAGGCGUUUUCGGUUUCAUUGGCUGUGACGCGGUGGGUGGAAUCGUUCCGAUCUCCGAGUUUAACUCGGUUCGUGGAGGUUUGAUAGGAAUGUGGAAGGCCUAGAAGAAUUUCGCCUGUUGAUUGCGCCCUGGAUCGUGGUCUAGGGCAUGUUUUGCGUUUCUUCGAGGCUGUUUAUUGCGUGUUUUUAGGUGAAAGUUAGAGAAGACGGAGAUUAAAGGGGAAGUGUUUGGGAAUGAGAUGGUGGAAGGAAGGGCCUGUAUGUCGAGGGAAGCUAAGCUUGAAUUCUUGAAACGUAAAAGAUUACAACGGUUGAAAACCGAAAGGGCAAAUGCUUCCACUUUAGUGAGUAGCAUGAUGAGCAGAAGCGGAGGGGAUGCUUUAAGAGCAUCUGUUCCAAUUGGUGUGAGUUUACAUGGUAACUCUGAAGCACUAUUUAGAAGUGGCAGCAGUUUGAAUGAAAGAGAUGCUUUUUCCAAGCACAAAGUGGCAAAAUUUGACAUGUCUGACCUUGAGUGGACGGAUAAAAUACCAGAGUGUCCUGUGUACAAUCCAACUCUCGCCGAUUUCCAGGAUCCUUUGGUUUAUCUGCAAAAGAUAGCUCCGGAAGCCUCAAAAUAUGGCAUGUGCAAGGUUGUAUCUCCGGUAACUGCUAGUGUUCCUGCUGGUGUGGUUCUUAUGAAAGAGAAAGUUGGUUUCAAAUUUACAACUCGGGUCCAACCUCUUCGUUUGGCUGAAUGGGAUCAAGAUGACAAAGUUACCUUUUUCAUGAGUGGAAGAAACUAUACAUUUCGUGAAUUCGAGAAAAUGGCGAACAAGAUCUUUGCUCGUAGAUAUUGUAGUGCUGGAUGCCUUCCCGUUUCAUUCAUGGAAAAAGAGUUUUGGAAUGAAAUAGCUUGUGGAAAGACUGAAAGUGUUGAAUAUGCAUCUGAUGUUGAUGGUAGUGCAUUUUCAGCUUCUCCUACUGACCCCCUUGGAAAAAGCAGAUGGAAUUUGAAGAAUCUUUCUCGGUUGCCAAAAUCCAUUUUACGCCUUCUAGAAACAUCAAUCCCGGGAGUCACUGAACCGAUGUUGUACAUAGGAAUGCUGUUUAGCAUGUUUGCGUGGCAUGUUGAAGAUCAUUACUUGUAUAGCAUUAACUAUCAUCACUGUGGGGCAGCAAAAACUUGGUAUGGUAUACCUGGUGAUGCAGCUCUUGAUUUUGAAAAGGUGGUCAGGGAACAAGUUUACACUCAGGAUAUAUUAUCAGCUGAUGGGGAUGAUGGAGCUUUUGAUGUCCUUCUAGGGAAAACAACAUUGUUUCCACCAAAGAUAUUGUUAGAACACGGUGUUCCUGUUUACAAAGCGGUACAGAAGCCUGGUGAAUUUAUAAUAACUUUCCCUAGGGCCUAUCAUGCUGGUUUUAGUCAUGGUUUUAAUUGUGGUGAAGCUGUUAAUUUUGCAAUGGGUGAUUGGUUUCCUCUGGGAUCAAUCGCGAGCCGUCGCUAUGCUCUUCUUAACAGGAUGCCUCUCCUUCCUCAAGAGGAGCUCCUGUGCAAAGAAGCAAUGCAACUCUAUGAGAGGCUGGAAAUUGAGGAUCCAGAUCAUUCAUAUGCAGAUUUGUCAUCUUGCAAUAGUAUCAGGGUGCCAUUUGUAACUUUAAUCAGAUAUCAGCAUCGAGUUCGAUGGUUUUUGAUGAAGUCGAAAGAAUGUUCUGCUGUGUCCACAUUUUCCCAUGGAACAAUUCUUUGUAGCCUCUGCAAGCGAGAUUGUUAUGUUUCCUAUCUGAAUUGCCGGUGUUUGCAUCAUUAUGUAUGCUUACGCCACGAUAUAAAAUCACUUGAUUUGACUUGUGGAGGCAUUCGGAAUUUGUGUGUGAGAGAAGAUAUCUCAGUUUUGGAAGCUGCAGCUAGACAGUUUGAGAAGGAGGAGAAUGUAUUACUUGAGGUUGAGAAACACUGUAGUAAUGGCGACGGCAUGCUUUUGCUGUCUGGGAUAUUCUCAGGACCUGAAUUUGAUGGUUAUGUUCCUUAUUGUGAGAUUUCUUUAAAGUCAAACAUGGAUACCUCGGGAGAGCAGGGUCAGUUGAACCCUCAGCUGACUGGCCUUUCCUCGUGUGAUGACACCAGGAUUGCUGCAAGUGAAACCUCCAUUCAUUUUGGUUCAGGCUCGUCAACAUUGACAGCAACUGAAAGUCAUCGUGUAAAUAUUGAAAGUACCGUUAAUGAUGAAAGCGACAGUUCUGAUUCAGGGAUGUUUCGUGUCAAGCGCAGAUCUGUUAAAGUGGAACAGAAGAUUGCACGUCGUGAUUCUGCAUUUGCUAGCACUCAACAACAGGGUUUUAAGCGACUCAAGAAGCUUCAGCCCGAAUUGUGUUGUGGGCAGGCAUAUUCCUGUGAGCGGUCUUCGACUACUGAUAAUCGUAGCCGUAAUUCUGAUAUUAGUUCCAUUGACUGUAAGGAGGCACAGAAAGUUCCCUCAAGGGACAAGUUGGGCAGAGAAAGUGGCAUACCUAUCUCGAUCAAGUUCAAGAAGAAGACUGACAAAGAAGCUUUGAGCAGACACAGGGAACCGUACAGAGAUCAUAGAAGCUACAACGAGUUGGGGAAAUCGACUAGGGAACAUUCACAUUCCUCCUCCUCCUCCUCAUCAGUAGAUUUUGGGACGAAACGGCUAAAGGUCAGGGGACCGUCAGUUUUAGGACACCAAGAAAGGUUGAACUGAGUUCAUACCAUUAUUAACAACCUGCCAUUGAAGAAGCAUCUUUCUUAACCCAAUGACUGACUAUUGCUUUCUAAUGGAGAAAUCAAAUCUAACAGAAGGAAAGUAAGCAGGAAUUCUAUUCUAUUCCAUUCGAUUCCAUUCCAAGGGAGCAGCGACCGGACAGACAUAUUAACCAGCAUUAGGUUAAAGUGUUAUGGCAUUCUUUGUGCAAGGCCCCGAAUUGGAGGCAGACUUGCACGGUGGUGUGGCGAAACAUUGUAAACGGUAGGUUAGCAUGUUAACCAUGUACAUUUGGUCGGUUUUUCUUUUAACAGUUGAUUGAUUUUUGGACAGCGCCGAUGUGUGGGGUGGGGUUAUUCCUAUUCCCUGCCCUGCCGGCGAUGACAUGUCAUUGAUCUCUCUGUCUCUGUUUCGAUGGGUUGGUUGGUUGCGUCUGCUGCUUCCAUUGUGUUAUGGUUGGUUCGU